AUGUUACUUUGGUUCGCUGCUGACACGCCGACUGUGCGCCCGCCUGUCAAUCACUGGGAGCAGCAACAGCCAGCACAUGGCAGCGGGUGCGGGCGGCUGGCGAGCUGGCCAGAGGCCCGCUCCGCUCUACUCUUCGCCCGGGCGGCGGAACGCGCUACGCGUCCAACAGGCAUUUCGGCCGUGGAACAGGAGGGUCGGAGGACUGGGAGUGAGCGCUGCCCGGGAGAGGCUGACUGCCAGGAGCGGAGUUCCCGGGGACGCCGUGCCCCCACUUGCCUAGCGUGCGGGAUUGGGAAAGUGCCUGGACCUGCGCGGGGGCCAAGGGACGACGCCCCGCCUCUUUCCCCGAGGAGGAACCCCCCAAACCUCGCUCCCUUCACCACCACCCCUAAAAAAGCGGGUAAAAAAGUCCCACCCACCCCCACCCCGGCGGAGCGGCGGCUUGGCCUCGCAGGCGUGUGCUCCCCGGGGCCUGCGCGGCUCCGUGACCCGCCCGGGUACGCCGGUUCGAGCCCCGUCCCGGGCGCCGCGGAGUCUCGAACGUCCGUGACGUGGAUUUUCACGCGUCAGGAAGGCGCCACUCCUGCGUUUCCCGCGAGGAGCGACUGGAACCCGAGAAGCCCUCUCGCCCGAGCACCGCGACAGGUCUGCUGCCCCGUCACGCACUCUUCUCCCCGCCGCUCCCCAGCUCGCUUUCCAGAGAGACUCGGAGAGCCCUCCCGCAGGGAAUUUUUCUGGCUCUUGGAAGGGGCUGCAGGAGAAGAGCCCCGGAGGUGGAUGUUACUGAGCUGCGCGGCGCACGCGAGCUGUGAGAGGUCUGCGCCGGGCCGCGCGGAGUCUCCGGAGGAUUGUCCCCCGCAGCCGGAAGGGGGCCGCGGGGAGCGCUCCUGCCCUGCGGCGGCGGCGGGGGCGGAGGAGGCCGCAGUUCGGGCCAUGCCUCGCCGUCCGCCCCGCCGCGGUUGA